ACAUGAGUCGCGCACUCUCGAUCCUCGCUUAUCUUCUGCCUUUGAUUCACUGUAGCAGCAGCGCUGACUCCGAAGAGCGGCUCAUGAACUGGCUGCUGGGAAAAGAUCGCUACAAUCCCCUCAUUCGCCCAGCUGUCAACAGAACCGAGAGAGUCACAGUAAAGCUGCAAGUGUCUCUGGCUCAGCUCAUCAGUGUGAAUGAAAGGGAACAGAUCAUGACCACAAAUGUUUGGCUCACUCAGCACUGGGUGGACUACAGGUUGUCAUGGGAUCCUGCACAGUAUGAAGGUAUUGUCAAACUGCGCAUUCCCUCCAGACAUGUGUGGCUUCCGGAUAUUGUCCUGUACAACAAUGCUGACGGAACCUAUGAGGUAACGGUGUUCACUAAUGUCAUCGUCCUUUUCAACGGCAGCAUCGAAUGGCUUCCUCCGGCUAUCUAUAAAAGCGCCUGUAAAAUCGAAGUCAAACAUUUUCCCUUUGACCAGCAGAACUGCACUCUCAAGUUCAGAUCGUGGACAUAUGACCAUACAGAGAUUGACCUGAUCUUAAAGUCUGAGAUGGCUAGUAUGGAUGAUUUUACUCCCAGUGGAGAGUGGGAUAUCUUAGCUCUGCCAGGGAGACGGACUGUCAACCCUCUGGAUCCCACUUAUGUGGAUCUGACAUAUGACUUUAUCAUUAAGAGGAAGCCUCUUUUUUACACCAUAAACCUCAUCAUUCCAUGUGUUUUGAUCACCUCUUUGGCCAUUCUAGUCUUCUACUUGCCUUCAGACUGUGGCGAGAAGAUGACCCUGUGCAUUUCUGUACUUCUGGCCCUCACCGUGUUCCUGCUUUUAAUCUCAAAGAUUGUUCCUCCAACAUCAUUAGAUGUUCCCCUGAUUGGCAAGUACCUGAUGUUCACCAUGGUCCUGGUGACCUUCUCCAUCAUCACCAGUGUGUGCGUGCUCAACGUGCACCACCGCUCUCCUAGCACCCAUACCAUGCCUUCUUGGGUCAAGCUGAUAUUUCUUGAGAAAUUGCCUGCUUUACUCUUCAUGAGGCGCCCUCAUAACAAAUCUGCACGCCAAAGAUUGCGUCAGCAUCGAUGCUUAAGAGCUAAAAGAACCAUUUUGGGCUUGGGAUAUCCAGUUGCAUCCAAGGCAGAUAUCACCAUGUCAGCUUCUGCGCUGCUGUCUUCAGACUCUGCCUUCUCUACACCAGGACACAAAAAUAUAACUCCUCCAGCAGGAUACAGUCACUCCUAUAGGAAGGGAGACCAGCGCUCUACUGAUUUCCUUCCCACUAGUUUCACAUCCACCCAGGACUUCCAACACAGGGACAACUCAGACUGGGCUGCUGAUAUCCAGGAGGCAGUGAAUGGGGUGUGCUUUGUGGCUGAACACAUGAUGGGAGAUGAUGAUGAUCAGAGUGUUAUAGAGGACUGGAAGUAUGUGGCCAUGGUAGUGGAUCGUCUGUUUCUGUGGAUCUUUGUGAUAGUGUGUGUGGUGGGAACCCUGGGCCUGUUUCUCCAGCCUCUUUUCCAGAGUCAGAUUGUUGCCAACCAUGUGCCCAGUUCGGACAUUCCUCGCAUUUGA